AUGAUGUAUCAAAGAACCAAAGCGAUUAACCACAAUCAAUUACGCCGUUAUCUUUACGCUAAAAACAACACACAAACCUUAUUCCACACUCAAAACCAAACACCAACCUCAAAUCUUCGAAAUCGCAAACACAUUCCUUUCAUAACCGAAAUCAAACAUGUUCAAACCUCAGAACAAGCUUUGUCUCUCUUUCACCAUUACACCCAACUUGGUCACAAACACUAUUACCCUUCCUACGCUGCAUUGCUCUAUAAACUCGCUCGUUCUAGAAACUUCCAAGCCGUUGAAACCAUACUCAAACACAUGAAAGAUGCCGAUAUUCAAUGCAAUGAGACCCUUUUCAUUGCUCUCUUUCAACACUACGGUCCACUGAAAGCCAUUGAACUCUUUCGCUCUAUGAACCAGUUCAAUUGUGUAAGGACAUUACAGUCGUUCAAUGCGCUUCUUAAUCUUCUCGUUGAUGGUUCUAUGUUUGAUGAGGCUAUUCAUGCUUUUGAUCGAUCCUAUCAAAUGGGUUUUCGUCCCAAUACUGUUACGUUUAAUAUUAUGAUAAAGGGUUGGUUGGUGAAAGGUGAAUGGGAAAAAGCAUGUCAGGUGUUUGAUGAAAUGCUUCACAAGAAAGUGCAACCCAGUGUUGUCACUUAUAAUAGUCUUAUUGGGUUUUUGUCUAGGAAGGGGGAUUUGGAUAAAGCUAUGACCUUGGUUGAGGAUAUGAGACGUAAAGGUAAACGUGCGAAUGGAGUAACGUACGCGCUUUUGAUGGAAGGUUUGUGUUCUGUGGGAAAGUAUGAGGAAGCUAACAAGUUGAUGUUUGAUAUGGCGUAUCGCGGAUGUAAGCCUCAGGUUGUGAAUUUUUCUGUUUUGAUGAAUGAUCUUGGUAAGAGAGGAAAGAUUGAUGAGGCGAUGGUUUUGCUCCGGGAGAUGAGAAAGAGGCGGCUUAAGCCAGAUGUUGUGACGUACAACGUGUUUGUAAAUUAUCUUUGCAAGGAAGGGAAGACAGCGGAAGCUUACAAAGUGUUAAUUGAGAUGCAAAUUGGCGGUUGUCAUCCAAAUGCAGCUACGUACAGGAUGAUGCUUGAUGGUUUGUGUCGGAAUGGGGAUUUUGAGGUAGGGCUGAAUGUUUUGAAUGCAAUGUUGGCGAGUGGACAUUUCCCACGAUCUGAUACAUUUAACUGUUUGGUUGUUGGGCUUUUGAAGUCUGGGAAUGUCGAUGGUGGAUGCUUUGUUUUGGAAGAAAUGGAGAAGAGAAAGGUAGAUUUUGAUUUGGAGAGCUGGGAAAGUGUGAUAAAGUAUGCUUGCAGCGAGGAUGAUAACGGUAGCAGUAUGCUUAUGAAUAUACUUUCAUCUCUGUCCAUCUAA